AUGUGGAGAAUAGGUGUAACUGCAGUACUGGUAGUUUUAAUUAUAGAAAACUCAGUUGCCGAUAAUCAAUAUGGUAACAUAGUGCAUCGGUUACGUCGCUCACCCUACUACCGCGACUGUCCCCCGCCGCCAUAUUGGCCACCACCUCCACCACCACAUUGGGGCCAUCGACCACACCGGUACUGGGAGCAAAGGCAACCAUACAGAGAGUCAUAUAGUGCAGCCAACGCAGCAUCCAACUCAGGAUCUCAGCAGCAGCCACCGUGUGACUCCUGUGGGGGUGGAAAUGGUGGCGCAGCAGUUAGCAACGCUCAGAGCGACACAGGGUCAGCAAUAGCUGUCGCUGUAGCUAAAGCCAACGGUCACUGA